UCCACUUGUUAUCUCGACAGGAGGGUCACACAGACAGUGGGAUGUGCUUCUCUCCAGAGGAGUCGAAGGGUUUGAAUCAACAGCUGCCAGCUACGCCCAACUUCAGCCAGCUGCUGCGCUGUAAGAGUAAAGAGUCUCUGGCUUCUGAGUCAUCCAAUCAGACGAGCGGAUACCAGUCAGGGUACCACUCUGACGACACAGACACCCCGAUCUACGCCAACGAGGAGGUGAUCAUGAAGCACAACAUGCUGAAGAAGCCUCCGCUGCCCAAGACGCCGGACAAAUUCAACAUGGAGAUCCGUUACAGCACACCACCUGUCUGACCCCCAGUACUGAAAGUCUUUUCACUGUACAGUGUUUGUUUGUUUAUUACAAUUUAGAAACAAUGACAACAGUUUUUUUUUUGUUUUUUUUUUUUGUUUUGUUUUUUUACAAGAGAUAACUUAAAGAGUCAGCUGUUAAAAUGAAGGUUGCAUGAUAAGUUUGUUAGCUCUCUUUGGCCAGCCGGAGGAAUGCUUUCAUGUUUACACAGUGAAUAAAACGUCUGGGGAGCCGAGACACGGGGACACGCCUACUUCCUGAGGCGCAAUCCACUCACUUCCUGUGCAGCAGGAAAUGACAUCUGGAAUUUUUAGAUAAUGGAAUCAGCAAAUGUUUUUGUUGUGUUUUUUAAAGUUUUUUUUUAUUGUGUUGGCAUAGUUAAUGCCCGGAAAGGAGGCAGUUCUCUCAGAUCAAUCAGAACGAAGUUUCUGUGGAGUCACAUUUGUACAGUUCCUUUAUGCAUAUAACUUUACAGUAUUUUAUUAAAUUGUAUUACUAAACCUGCAAUAAAUGUAACUAGUUUUAUAAAAUAAAAAAUACUCACAGAUUAA